UGACCCCAGCACAAAUAAAAUCCAUUUGCCUGGCCAUACUAGAAUCAGGAAAGCAGUAUGCAGUGAAGAAGAGGAAACCAUUCCCACUCAUGUAUUCCUACUAUGGGACAGAGUAUCUUGGUGCAGCACAUGGGCUUUCAUCAAUCCUUCAGAUGUUGCUUUCCUAUUUCGAGUACCUACAGCCAGCAGAUCAGGAGCUUGUGUGGCAGAGCGUUGAUUUUCUCAUGGACCAAGAACAGAACAGCAACUGGCCUCCUGAGCUGGGAGAGACAAUCGAGCGGGAGAAUGAGCUUGUACACUGGUGUCAUGGAGCUCCAGGCAUUGCGUAUCUGUUUGCCAAAGCUUACCUGGUUUCCAAGAAGCCUCAAUAUCUGGACACUUGUAUCCGCUGUGGAGAGCUAACUUGGCAGAAAGGCCUGUUGAAGAAGGGACCUGGAAUAUGCCAUGGAGUGGCUGGUAGUGCUUAUGUGUUCCUGCUGCUGUAUAGGCUCACUGGAAACUCGAAAUACAUAUACAGGGCACAAAGGUUUGCAGAGUUCUUAUUUACAGAAGAAUUUAAGGCUGGCUCCCGGGCAUUAGAAAGUGUAUAUAGUCUGUAUGAAGGCUUCUCGGGAACUGUGUGUUUCCUGACUGACUUGCUGCAACCCAACCAAGCUGAGUUUCCUCUCUUCAGUGUCUUUGUCUAGAGAGUAACAUCCUCCAGGGCCAC